CGAAAAUGUGCUGUGGCGAAUACUUGAAACUGAGUCAAGAUGAAGGGUCGUUUCGGAUAUGGAAAACAUCGCGAUUUUUGACGAUAUCUCACAAAAAUUAGGACACGUUUUAUUCGUUGGUUUUGACUCAAGUCGGACGGUUGUAAAUUCGACCAAUCAAAGGUGCGGCCGUAAAAAAUUUGGAGACGGACCUGUGUCCUUCUGGUGACUUCUAGUUUCAACUAGGGAAUUUCAGGCGAACUCCACAAACUUGCUUUGACAAUUCAGCGUUUGACAUUUGUCAGUUGUUGUAGUUAGAAUUUUUAUUACUUAUUAUUAAUUUUCCAAUUUAAAGCCAUUCAAACCACGCAAAAUGGGGCGCCGCUCCAUAAAUACCACGAAAAGUGGCAAAUACAUGAACCCCACCGACCAAGCUCGCAAAGAAGCUCGGAAACAGGAAUUAAAGAAGAACAAAAAGCAGAGACAGAUGGUGCGGGCGGCGGUCCUCAAGGGUAAAGAUCCACAGCAAAUUUUAGAGGAAAUGGAGAAGAUCGACCAAAUGGAAUACAACGUAAAUCAACCAUCCCCAUUGAACGAAAAAGUUUUAAAAGACAAACGGAAAAAGCUCAGAGAUACUUUGGAUCGGGUCCUUAGUAUGUACUACAAAGAUGACCCCGACAAGUGGGCCGACUUGAAGCGCCGCCAAACCGACUACGAACACAAACGCAACCAACUAGUCGCCUUCUACGAGUCAGUCAAGAGCGCCCAGCAAGUCCAAGUCGACGAAAUCCCGCUCCCGCAGCUCCCCCAGCAGCCCGCUAACGCCCCCUCGCAAAUCCCACUCCCCACCGAACGCAAACAAGAACACACCAUCUACUCCAUCGCCACAGCUCUAAAACUUCAAGCCCUCGGCCAACCCGUCCGUGAGCCCCCCGGCUGCCCGCCCGGCCCGCCCCCCGACAUCACCGACGACGGCGAAGUCGACGACUUCGUCCCUCGCUCCGACGACGACAAAGAGGACGCCUCCGACGACCCCUCCGACCCCGACGCCUCCAAGCCCACUUCUCUCCAACAAAAAAUGGUCGCUCUGUCCGGCCAGAACGUCGACGACUUCAUGAAGGAGAUGGAAGUGGUGCAGAAGAAGCUCGAAGGGGGCAAGGACGAGGAACCGCGGCCGAAGAUCGUGUCGCACCCAGAGCCUCUGAUGCCCCCGGGGACCGACAUGCCGAUGCAGCCCCCGCAGGCGCUCAACCAGGGCCCGUUGCUGUUCCCGGCGCCUGGGUUGCGUUUGCCGCCAGGGCCGCCGCCCGGCCGGCCGCUGAUGCCGCCGGGGCCGCCCCCGGGUCUCCCGCCGCCGCGCAUGCCCAUCCGAAUGCCGCCGGCGCCGCCGAGGAUGAUCCGUCUGCCGGGGCCGCCGCCGCUGGGUGGGGCGCCGAAUCUGCCGAUUGGGACGCCGAAUGUGCUGUCGGCGGCGCCUCAGCUGAUUAAUAGGGUGGAGUCGACGAAGCAGGGGGCGACGAUUACGGCGAAGCCGCAGAUCAGGAAUUUGAGCGCGGAUGUGACGCGGUUCGUGCCGUCGGCGUUGAGGGUGAAGAGGGAGGAUAAGAAGCAGAAGCCAAAUACGAGGGCGCUGGUGCACGAGUUGAAGCAGAAAGAGUUUAAUUUGCACCAGAGUACGCACCCGCAGCAGCACACGAAGGACGACGCUUACAAGCAGUUUAUGGAGGAGAUGCAGACACUGCUGUGAGGGGCGGAGAAGAUUCUAGGUUAUUUAUGUUGUAUAUAUCGAAUUUGUAGGAGCGCUAAGAGUGAAAUAAUGAUCUUUAUUUAAGGAGUUU